AACAAAAUCCAUGUUUGUUUUACUGCAGCAGGAUUGUGUUCAUGCACGGUGUGAUAUUUCAGUGUCUGAGAAGCAGUGAGCAAGACAGCAGCAAUCAACAAUAAUCUUAAUUCCCAGCCCAGCAGAUCCGAGUUUAAGGAAAGAAAAAGGCAUAAAUGAUCAAGCAAAGGAAUUACUUCAAAGAGUUGUAAGGCAAAAGUCUCACUUGAAUGUAAAGGUACUCAAGUUCUCACGCUGGUGUUUGUCUUUGAAAAGGAGAUCUAAACUUCUAAAACCAGAAGGUGCUUUUCAGAGAACAUAGGGAGGGAGAGGAGCUGGAGGGGAUAAACUAAAAUAACUGAAGCAGCGAUGAAGGACUCAACUCUGUGUCUUUUCUAAGAGCAGUGUGGAAAUCUUUCCUGUUGAAACCCCCCAAGCAACCACAGAUCUCACUUUUGACUAAACAAAUUGAUUUCUGUGAGGAAGAAGCAGCCCUGAAACUUCCUGUGGCUCUGGGCUGACUGAGAAGUGAGGGGUGCAGGGGCUGGGCCUGUCAGGAGUGUGGUCUGACCGGAAUGAACCUGGCUGGAGGUUUAAUGGAACACGUGGCUCCCUGAGGAGGUGCAGAGGAGGUGCUGCAUGGCAGGGCAGCAGCUGUGCAGAUACAGACCCUGGACUGAGCUUUGUUGCCUAUCAGAUACCAGCUCCUCAGUCCUACUGCACAUCACAUCUGGUCCCAAGCAGGAGGAACAGCACUUGUCCGUGUGGAAUGUUCAGUGAAGCUCUUCCACCACUGCUGAACUUCUGUUGAUGCCAGCAGGGGAGACAGGAAGGCUUGGCCACCACCCUCACCCUCCUCCUGUCCUUGUCAGGAAUCCGGUGUCCAACAGGAGCUGACCUGGGUAAGGUGAGGCUUGGGGAAGGGGGCUGGGCCCUGCUGUGGCCCUUGUGCCUGUCCCACUCCAGUCCUCUGCUCUGGCCUCAACUGGGGGAACUGGUCCUCCCCGGCCCCCUGAGCUGGGUGUGCCUGUGCAGCCACGGGCCACUCUCAGAGCAGCCUUUGCACUUGGGGCUUCUCUUUCUUCUUCAGCUUAUUCCAAAAGCAAGCAAAAAUGUGCCUUUUAGCCUCAUUUCAGCCACCUCCCUGUUUCCCAUGGUCAAAUACUUCGGUGAGCAGAGUGUGUUUGGGUUUGGAGCCAGAGGGAGGUUUGAGAGCAGCUACGGCUGCCAGGCCCUGGUUGGUUCCUGGGCACUGGGACUCUGCUGUGGCCCUCACAGGGCGCAGGUGGAAGGACCUUUUUCCAGCACCCCAAACACCAUUUGGGACUUGCUCCAUAGCACGAGGGGAUGGCUGGAUGAACUGGGUCGGGCUGGGCUUGUGGCACCUGCUUUGAGAGCAAGAGGACCCAGGAUGUUUGCCUGGGCACCAGGAGCUGUGUCCUGGCUGUGGAUUCCUUUCCUGCUCCAGGCAGGCUCAUGGAUGUGCCUGGAGAGGAUCAAAUCCUGCCCUAGCACUGCACCCUGAAGCAGCCUGUGGGGACCAAUGGGGGAUUUGGUGGCUCUGCUGCUCCCCUGGGCAGUGCUGGCUGUUCCUAUGGCAGGGCUGUUGCACCCUGAGCGUUGGGGACCCAGGGCUGUGCUGGGUGUCACAGCCCUCCCCCUCUUCCUUUCUGUGGGGGCAGGAAGGACCAGGUUUCCUUCCUGUGCAGGUCAGGGGCAGCUGUGGUGAGAAAAGCCCUCCCCCUCCUGCUGCUGCCGCUGAGCCCCACGGUCCUUCCCACCCUGGGCCACUGAGCUGCAAAGCUCUGCUGGGCUGCACCCGGCUCCCUUGGCCCUCCUGGUGUCCUCCAGCCCCUGCCCAGGCUUCAGCCAGCGGGGGCCAUGCGAUGCUCCCUGAAACGCUCCCUCAUGGCUCUGCUCGCUGCCUCCUUCCUCCUCCUCCUCCUCCUCCUCCAUGGGGGCAGCUGGCAGGAACAGGAUCCCCUGGAGGUGGAGCUCCGGGGCCUGGCCCCCGACAUGAUCCUGCAGCUGCUGCAGCCGGAGGGAGCCCAGCGCAUCCUCAGGGACACAGCCAAGCUCUCUGCACUCCACAACGUCUCCUACCAGCUCCUCGCUGGCUCCCCAGCUCCCCGAAAAAGAUUCCUGGCAGUGGGACUGGCAUCCGUGCAGAGGCCGCGUGGUUUCUACCUCCUGGCCACGCUCCAGUCCCUCUUCAGCCAGUCCACAGAGGAGGAGCUGCAGGAGAUGGUGGUGGUGGUGCACCUGGCCGACACCGAUCCCAGCUGGAACGUGCGCGUUGCCACCACCAUUGCCCAGAAGUUCACUCGCCACAUCCUCCUGGGCCAGCUCCUGCUCAUUCACGCUCCCCUUGAGUUCUACCCCACCCUGGAAGGCCUCAAGAGGAACUUCAAUGACGCGGAGGAGCGGGUGAGGUUCCGCUCCAAGCAGAACGUGGACUACGCCUUCCUGCUCGCCUUUGCUGCCAACCUCUCCUCCUACUACUUGAUGAUCGAGGACGACGUGUGGAGUGCCAGGUCCUUCCUGACGGCCAUCCGCAGGGCACUGGCUUCCCAGGAGAGCUCAAACUGGGCCACCCUCGAGUUCUCCAAGCUGGGCUACAUCGGAAAGCUCUACCGCUCCAGUGACCUUCCUCGCCUGGCUCACUUCCUCCUCCUCUUCUACCAGGAAAUGCCCUGUGACUGGCUGCUGGUUCACUUUCGCCAACUGCUCGCCCAGAAGGACGUGAUUCGCUUCAAGCCAUCCCUCUUCCAGCACAUGGGCCUCUACUCCUCCUUCCAGGGCACCGUCAACCGGCUGGAGGACGAGGAUUUCCAGGCCGAUGCCUUGGACCUCCCGGACAACCCGCCAGCAUCCCUGUAUACCAGCAUGUCUAUCUUUGAGAACUAUGAGCCCCUCAAGGCCUACAGCUCGGCACAGGGGUACUUUUGGGGCAAAGACCCAGCAGCUGGCAGUACCUUUUCCAUCGUGUUCCAGCAGCCGGCCCGAGUGAGCCGUGUCCGGGUGCGCACGGGCUCCAAGGAGCGCCCGGGCGAUUUCCUGCGUGCAGGGCUGCUGGAGCUGGGCCAGCGCCGGGACCGCAGCCAGCACUGCUCCUUCUACAUCCCCGUGGGUUCCUUUGAGAAGGGGAUGCUGGAGCAGCGGGGCCUGGAGAGGGUCCUGCCCGGGCCCGUGGAGUGUGUGAGGAUCCGGGUGACCCAGGACCAGAGCGAGUGGCUCAUCAUCCAGAGCAUCGACAUCUGGACCACAGCAGGCACUUGAGCAGGGUGUGGCAGGAUGUCAAAGCAGCUGCAUUUGUUUCUAAGAGGUCCUUUAUUUUUCUCAUUCCCUUUUUGGAUAAGAAAUUAAAUUAUUGACUCCCA